AUGAACAUUUCUUCGAAUCGAGCCGUGUUUUGUCUGGAGCAGUGGCGCGAUAAGCCACGGGUCGCCGCGUCGCCGUGCGCGGGCCUGUACCGGUCACAGCACGGAAUUGUGCGCGACAAUGGGCACAGCUUGCUGGCUAACAGAGGGCCGGCUACAGUACUAGCGGUACGUAGCAGUGGGCCUUGCUGGAGCGUUUCACGGAUGACCAAAUGGGCCGGGCCGGAACUCGAGUUGAAUGCUGUGUUGAAAAGUAAUAAAAUUGUAUCAAAUUCGCCACGCAGCAUGGGAGAUGCACCGGCUUCAGAUGCAGAAUCUAAAAUACAAAACCCCGUUAAUGAAGUUCCACCAGAACCGGCCCGGCGUCCCUUUGGUGGUUUGGAAUUCCAAGUUUCCGAGGUAGUAGGUCGGCUGGAAGCUGGGGUUAACGCUCAAGAUGCAUUGGAUGAAGAAAAGAAGCGGGAAACGCGUAAAAUCAGUGCUGGCUUCUUCGAGCCGGAGGAGAUGCCUAUGGACGAAAUUUUGAAGGUUUUAGAGGAUUUGGUGUUGAAGACUGACCACAACUGUGAAAGUGUUGAACCUCCUUUGUUACCGACCGAUGCUGUCACUCGGGCGACCAUUCUAUCUCAUAGUAUCUGUGCUUUGUUUGGGAGAUUAGAGCGAUCUCAUGCAGCAAGGCUUGGCGCUCACAUAGCCAGUGAAACUACGCGAUGGAUGGCACAUAUGUUUAGAUUAGCCGAUUAUAAUGCAUAUUACCACCAUGAACAUCUUGAGGGACUCGUUCGAGUCACAAGAAUGUUAUUACAUCAUAGAUAUCCACGAUACUUAGAAGAUGGAGCUUUAGCAUUCACGAAUCGCUUGCCUUGCAUAUACAGCUGUGUUGCCAGUCCAUUGGGCAUAGUGCAACACUUGUGCAGGCAACUUGGCUUACCAUUGGCAUGUGUGAGACCAGUGCCUGUAAAUGGAACAGGGAAAGGAAUGGACAUACAAGCAUUAGAAAGGCUUUGUGAUGAAGAUGUAGUUGCUAAUAGAACACCACUGCUAGUGCUGGGAGAGGUCGGUGCCCCCCCUCUGGGCUGGGGCACACCUCUAGCGGAGUUAGGGGAGAUAUGUACUAAACGGAACAUACACUUGCACGUGAGAGGGCACGCGUUGGCAUUACCCGCUGCUACUGGCAGGAAUCAGAGUUUUAGUUUAGCGGAUUCAGUGACUUUAACACCAGGCCCAUGGUUUGGAGUUCCAGGUCUACCGACUGUCGUAUCCUUUAUAUUUAUAAGAAAUUAG